GGUGCCCGUGGGUUGUGGGGGGGUCUCGGGGCCAUGGCUAUGGGGGGGCGGCCGCUGCUGCCGCUGCUGCGAUGGGGUUUGGGGGCCCCGGGGCUGGGCGCGGCGCCCCGGCGGCACCGCCACAAGGAGAAGUGGGCUGCCACGGCGCCCCGCAUCCCCGCCACGCGGCUGGCGCUGCACCACUUCGACGCCAGCUACGGCCUGCAGCUGGGCGAGCGCUGGCCGGCCGUGCGCGCCGCGCUGCUGUGCGAGCAGAAGUAUGGUGCCCUGCUCAACAGCUUCGCCUCUGCCGAACACGUCGCCCAGGAGCUGGAGCUGCACAACGCCACCGAUUUCGUUUCCGAAGCUGCCAGGAAGGCGCAGAGUUUGCUGCAGGGCUCAGAAGUGGGAGCGGAGAAGGGGAGAGCGUGUCCCCAGGAGGGGCAUGGUGGAGGCAGGACGGUGACACCGGCAGGGACAUCGCCACCGCCUGCCCCCAUCGGCUCCAACAUCAAGUGCUACACCUUCCCCAGGGGGGACAUCACGCGCUUUCGUCCUGCUUGGCCAGACUCUCUGGGGCUCCUCAGCUACUAUCUGAUGGACGCAGCAUCCCUCCUGCCUGUUUUGGCCCUCAACGUGCAGCCAGAUGACUUCGUCCUUGAUCUCUGUGCAGCUCCAGGUGGCAAGACUCUGGCUCUGCUGCAGACUGGGGCUUGUGGGCAUCUGGCAGCCAACGAUGUCUCCAUUUCCCGCACAAAGAGAUUGUACCAGAUUCUCAGUAGCUACGUUCCCAAAAAUGUCAGGGAAGCCGUGAGUGUCACGUCGUACGACGGAAGGGACUGGGCAGAGCUGGAAGGUGGGACUUUCCAUAAGGUCCUCGUGGACGUGCCCUGCACGACAGACAGGCACUCUGUGAUGGAGACAGACAACAACAUCUUCCACAGAAGGAGAACCAAGGAGCGUCAGAUGUUGCCAAUGCUGCAGCUACAGCUGCUGAUUUCUGGGAUCCUUGCUACCAAGCCAGGAGGAGACGUGGUGUAUUCUACGUGCUCCCUCUCCCCGCUGCAGAAUGAAUACGUGAUCGAGAGAGCGAUAGAAAUUGCAGAAACCCAGUUCAACAUCACGACCCAUGCUGAGGACUUGAGCCACUUCCGCACGCUCUUCCAGGACACAUUUUGUUUCUCCUCAGACUGCCGGCUGGGGGAGCUCGUUCUUCCUCACCUCACAGCCAACUUUGGACCUAUCUAUUUCUGCAAGUUACACCGAGCAUAGAAGGGGUGGCAGAUUUUGGCUCUCGGGCAGCUCCAGCUUCCUCAUUGUACAUCUUUGGGCCAUCUCAACUGGAACUUGCUUCCCCGCUGCUGGCUGUAAUGAAAUACCCUAGAUUUGCAGGGAAAGAAAAACUACUUGAUAUUUAUUUUUUGUAUUAAAGUAUCUCUAAGGAAGUCUUUUUACUGCAGAGAGAAUAAAUGAGAAAGACCUGCUGUG